CCACUACCACCACUCGUCGGCACCUCCAACUAAGCUUUAUCGCUAGGAGGCAAGACCUGCUCUUGUCCACCGUGCGAUAAUAUUGCCCGGGUUCCCAAUCCAAUUUAAACCCCCCAGGUAGCAGGCACUCCUACGGCACACAAAGCGGGUUCUCCUCACACCCCUUGAUGUCUUUGUCGGACACCCUUUUGUCGUGGGGAGCCUUGUCUGACCUUGGACUGGAAGGAGAUUCUGUCCCGUCUUCUGAAGAAGGCUUAUCGCGUAAGCAAGAAAAGCUGGCGCUGCAUCGUCCGUACCCGAGACCUGCUAUAUAGAACGGGAGAGGGGCAGCUUAAACGCUCUUUGACAUCGACAAGUUUGCUUCCUCACUCUCCUUUGUUGUCCACAUGUUCCCGUUGUUGUUUCCCAGCGUAGGGCUGGGCUCCUUAUGCUGAUGCGGUCUCUUAAUUUAUGAUGAUGAUAAUACUCUAGAAACGAAAUCAAAACCUCUCUCCACGCAAAUGUUCGAAGGGUCUCCUCGUCUAUAUUCAAUUUCUGGUUCCUGGUCCUCGAAUCAUGUGGGUACCAGUCUUUCAUUACCACGCGGAGCAUGUCGGUUUAUUCUGCUGCAUCCUCAGGUAACUGGUCAACGCUGUGCUUGUCAAGGAUAUGUCUUAAAUUCGCGGGUGCCUGAUUCAAGCUGCGAAUGUGGGCAUCAAGCGUGCUAUCAUGUUCCAGAUGUGCCGUCGCCGGCCGUCUCAAUGGAGGAGCAUGUGCGUCUGGCAGAAAUGGUGCGCGGACUUUCUGAACGUUUAGAGAAGGAAAGGGCGGAAAGAGAAAAAGACAUGCAAGGCAUCUAUCAAUCUAUUUCAGGCGUCUAUCACAACAUGAAUGGCGUUCAUGAGUCUACUAGGACUGGCUUAUUGGACUUAGAGGACAAGCUGGACGGCGCCAUCGACAAGGCGCAGAGUCUAUACCAAGAUCUCAAAGUACUCAAGGAGAGGGUCGCGUGUAUCGACGAUGCUUCUAUGGAUCUGGAGCUUCGCGUUGAAGACCUGCAAAUUGAGCUUGAUCAUCGCCCUAGGGCCCCUAGUCCUAGUAAGCGCAGGUCCAGAAGGCCCAAGAACAUGGGGACUCGACCUUUCGACAAGCUUCCCGUCACCAAUAUCAGCAUCAAUACUCCUUCAGAAAACUCCUGGGAGGCGUAUGUUAUUAUCGUCCCUGGCACAACAUUCGAAUUCCAACCCGGCGACAUCGCUGACCUCCGUUGCCGCUCGCGGGGCCUUUUUCGUUGGAUUAUAUUUUCCGGCCCUGAUCAGCACUCAAUAAUGCUCAGCAUUGAUUCUGCAUUUCACGAUGUAUUGCAAGGUCGGCGCUGGGUGCCUGCUCGUGCACAAAUUCGAAUUACGAAUGGCAUCUCCAACCUGAUAGUUGGAAAUGAUUUGUCUGAAAGUUUCGAAAGCAAUACGUGGGACGCUUCCUUUCUGAGGGGGUCAUGCGCAGCAUCUUUGCCCGCGAAUCACUUGCCUGUGAUUUUUGUUACUUUGAGGGAUUCUCGGUGGACAUGGGAAUCAAUUCGAAAUCUUUCUCCAGUUCCUGGGCUGAGUCAACGCUGUUGGGACCACAACGAGAGACUGGAUGGUGUGUUUGCCAAACCAAGCAUUCCGGAAGCACGACUCCCGGUCACUUCAAGGGACAGUGUCGCUAUCACUGUGAAGAAACAAGCAAUAGAAUUUGACAAGUCUCCACUGGAUCUUCUGGCUUCAUUAGCCUCAAUGCCAGUGAAACGACAAUUUUCCGAACUCAGCAGGAGCAUUCCCGAGGGAAGCGAUGGUAAAAUUCUCAAGCGACCUCGUCCACUUCAACCUACGCUGGAGCCAACUAAUAGACGACGAAUUGUUUCCUCCUAGGGAAAUAAUGAACUUGAAAUCGCAGAGAUCUCCGCUAGCUUUAUCAUGUCCUCUGCGAGUUACCUUUGAAAAGAAACGAUCAGCCAAUGUUCUUCCAAAUCUUUACUAGAGCACUGUCAGGCGUUGUUAGACGGAGCUAUGUCCAUUUUUUCGGGCC